AUGAGUGCACCGAAUCUAAUAGAUGAUUGGGUCGACCCAAAAGAAAAAGUAUACACCCUUAACCCAGAUGUCAUAGCUGAAAUGGAAAUCGAUCAGCCAGAAAUAGAAGAUGAUGUAGCGAACGAAAAAAAGACGAAACAAAAGCUCGAAAGAUUGGAAAUAAAAGCUAAAAAAGCAAUAUUAUACGCUGGUGAUGUAGCAUAUUUGACUGCAGCAAGCGUCGUGGCUAUGCGUCGUGCUUUAACUGCAUCAAUUGAAGUCCAGAUGUCAGUAAAAUAUGCCAAAAAUGGUAUGUCGAACCAUCAAGAUCUAAUGAUGAAUUUGGCUAAAACGGCAGCCCAACAAGCGGGCAAAGAAGCGAAGAGUGCAACAUCGAAGUCUCUAGCUUGUGAAAGGGUUAUAAAACUAGCUUUAAAAUACACUGCGCAAUCAAAAGGAGCAAAAUUGAAUCACGUUGCCAAUAGAGUUGUUAUGGACACGUUAUCAUUGGCAACACUUGCAAAGUCUAUGGCUUUUGUGUCAUCCGAUAUUGCGAUUAAUUCUUUGUACCAAGCCACUGACGUAAAACCACCAUCAUGA